AUGUCGUCGAAGGAGCCCCAGCCCAACGACGCGGAGAAGAACAUCGAGAUCUGGAAGGUCAAGAAGCUGAUCAAGCGUCUUGAAGCCGCCCGUGGCAAUGGCACAUCCAUGAUUUCCCUCAUCAUUCCGCCCAAGGACCAGGUCUCACGCGCCGCCAAGAUGUUGGCCGAAGAGUUCGGUACCGCCUCCAACAUCAAGUCCCGCGUCAACCGUCUCUCCGUCCUGUCCGCCAUCACCUCGACCCAGCAGCGUCUGAAGCUUUACUCAAAGGUCCCGCCCAAUGGCCUCGUCAUCUACUGCGGUGAAAUCCUUACCCCUGAGGGCAAGGAGCGCAAGGUCAACAUCGACUUCGAGCCCUUCAAGCCCAUCAACACCUCGCUGUACCUCUGUGACAACAAGUUCCACACAGAGGCUCUGAGCGAGCUGCUCGAGUCCGACCAGAAGUUCGGCUUCAUCAUCAUGGACGGAAACGGCGCCCUCUUCGGCACCCUGUCUGGCAACACCCGUGAAAUCGUUCACAAGUUUUCCGUCGACCUGCCCAAGAAGCACGGCCGUGGUGGUCAGUCCGCCCUUCGUUUCGCCCGUCUGCGUGAAGAGAAGCGCCACAACUACGUUCGCAAGGUCGCCGAGCUGGCUGUCCAGAACUUCAUCACAGCCGACAAGGUCAACGUGGCUGGUAUCAUUCUGGCUGGUAGUGCCGACUUCAAGAACGACCUGAACCAGUCCGAUCUGUUCGACAACCGUCUGCAGUCCAAGGUCAUCAAGGUCGUCGAUGUGUCCUACGGCGGCGAGAACGGCUUCAACCAGGCCAUUGAGCUGUCGUCCGAGACGCUCGGCAACGUCAAGUUCAUCCAGGAGAAGAAGCUCAUCAACGAGUACUUCGACCACAUCUCCAAGGACUCCGGCAAGGUCUGCUACGGUGUCGAGGAUACCCUCAAGGCUCUGGAGGCUGGCGCCGCCGAGACGCUGAUUGUCUUCGAGAACCUCGAAAUCACUCGCUGGGUGCUCAAGGCUUCGGACGGUGCCGAGGUCAUUCUCCACACCAACAAGACACAGGAGGCGGACCGAACCAACUUCAUGGACAAGACAACCGGUCAGGAGAUGGAAAUCGUCGAGCAGUCAUCCAUGCUCGAGUGGCUCGCCGAGAAAUACCGUGACUUCGGUGCCACGCUCGAAUUCGUCUCUGACCGUUCCUCGGAGGGCAACCAGUUCGUCAAGGGUUUUGGCGGUAUCGGUGCCAUUCUGCGUUACGCGCUCAACUUUGAGCAGCUUGCCGACUUUGACGAUGACGAAGACGAGUUCUACGAUGAUUGA